CGCUCCUCUCUCUCCCUCCCUCCCUCUCUCUCUCUCUCUCUCUCUCUCAUGGCGAUGGAAGAAACUGAGGAAGUGAUAAUGGAUGAAACGAGCAGCGAAUCUCAGAUCUGCGAAGACUUCUACGAGAAUAUCGAGGCCCCAAAGUUCGUGGAUCUAACCGCACCUGAUCGCCGCCCAAUAGGCGAUGAUCGUUACUGGUUCUGCGCAAGAGUUGGGUGUGAUCAGAACCACGAAGACGACGAAGCGAUCUACAAAGAUUUCCUUCUUCGGGUCAUGGCGGCCAGAAGCCCGAGCGUUCGGCUUCGGAAAACCCUUUGUAGAAAAGCUUCGAGUACACACCCUAAAUGCCCGAAUACGGUUCCUCCGAAGCCUUCGAGAUCUCGGAUUUCUAAGUUGGCUAUGAUUUCAUCGAUCCCACAGAAGGAUUCCGAUAGGACGAGACCAAAAGCAGGACAGGCUAUGUCCGAACAAAAGCAUGCUGCUACUCCAAAGACGAAGGGAAAGGGACAGGAUUCAUCUGUUGAAGCCAAGUCUUUCACCGUUUCCGGCAAGCAAAAGGACAGUGUGACGGAUCCAGGAAGCCUUCGUAGUGUACAGAACCCGAAAGACAGAGUUGUUGCAAAGGUUUUGGUGUUUCACUCGCCGAAGAAGAAGAAGAAGGCGGUGAAACUGAAGAGAUCUGUGGAACUCAGAUCCUCUGUGAAGAAAAUAUGUAAUGGGAUGAGGAAGUUAGAGAUUGCGAAGAAAAGGAACGUUUUGGGCUUUGAUCAUAAGCCCGUGCCCUCGGAUCAACCUCGACAGCCGCUGAAAAGACGAGAGGUUAAGAGCCGAGUGUUUGAUUCCUUGCAUUCUAAGAAACAGAACGGUGACAAAGCCAAGUGUCCUGAAACUUUGAGAAAGAGGGUCAAGGAUAAAGGAGAGGUUUUAGUUGAAAACAAAACCGAAGAAUUGCGGGACACAGUGAAGCACGACGAGAACAAGGGUAAUGUAGAAGAAAACGACCGAGAGCUCAAGCUAGAACCAAGAUUAGAAGAGACAAAGGAACGUGAAGAUAAAGAAAAUGCCACGGAAGCUGAAGUCAAUUGCAGAGACAAUGAAGAGGAAGUUAUGGAAAGCGAUGAUAAAGAAAAUGCUUCGGCCAUAGACAGCAACAGGAAAGCCGAUAACUUCACCGACCCUUCGAUAAAAAAGAAAGCUUUUGGAAAGAAGGAAACCUCCAAAAUGCCUCCAAAGGUGGCUUCGACGACAGAUAAGUGCUCGAAUGGCAAGUAUACAAAGCCUAAGCCCACAAAUCCGAAGCCUUUCCGCUUGAGAACCGACGAAAGGCGGAUUCUGAAGGAAGCGAACGCGGAGAGGAAACAGCAUCUGCCUUCUGCAAAAGAAGAAACUACUACUCUUCUUGGGUCCAACACAAUUCGGCGAAAGCAGGAGAUCCAACAGGAGAACAGAGCCACUCCCCGAGUGAAAGGAUCAUCUAAACCACUUCUAAGACCUGAUUCCUCGGAUCAGGAUAAGAACUCCGAAAGGGUGAACCCUUUUGUCAGAAAACAAACUGCUGCAGUGUCUCAACGGGCUACUACUACACCUUCGGGUAGAAAGAAGAGAAUAUAUAAGGAAGCUUCUAAGAUGAUUCUAGAAGAAUCUAAGGAAGUUGAGGCAGUGGAGAGGACAGCGACAACAGUUCCAAGGGGACCAAACUUCCAUAGCAUACAUGUCCCCAAGAGCUGCACAAAGAGAAGAUUCGCAUCAGUUCAAUCGGUUCAUUGAAUUAUGUUAUGUUGUUUUCUUCUUCUUCUUUUUAUUGGAAUGUUCCACUUUUGUUUGAUUUUUAGUAGCUUUUUAUCCAAGUUGUUUGUAAAACUUUGUAUCACGUAUGUUCAGGUGAUUAUUAUGAGUCUCCUGCAAAGGAUCUAAUUGUCAUUUCGGAAAAAUGAGGGGUUGAUAUAUAAAUACUGAAUUGUAAUUUC